UUACGGUCAUUCAUGGAAAUCUAUCGAAGAUGGCUGAAGUGCGACCGUGUUUAUUCUUGCUAGUGAUGAUUGUCUCCCAACGGUUGGUUACUGGAUCGCCAUCAGGAAGUUCAGUUUUAUGUAACUUAUUUUGCGACGAUGACGAUUCAUCCAGUGAUGACGAUUAUGGCCUCUUAGAUGUAUUACUCGAUCCCUGCUUCGCCUGUCCAAGUGGGUCAUCAGAUUCUGAUAGUAGUCCAUCAGAUUCUGCCGAUGAAGCCGGUAGUACACCCACUAAACCACCAGCACCGCUCAACCUGAUGAUACCACCAGCCAACGGCCUCAACGUGUCCCUAGAAAACAUCGGUGGUUCAUGGUGGUUGAAUUUAUUCCCAUGGGCUGGUGGAUCCUCUGCAGAAGCGACGACGCCUGCAGCAACCACUGCUGCUCCCGCUGCCACUACGGCUGCUAAUGAGACUGAAACCACAGCCGCACCGGCAGCGUAAAAAAAAAGAAAUUAAAUUAUUAUUAAAUAUUGUAAUAGUUUAUUAUUAUUUUAUAUUAAAUUAAUUAUUACGAGUAUUAUUAAAUAAUAGUAAUAAAGUAAAAUAUUAUUAA